AUGAUCCAAGGGCGCUAUGCAGGCACACAGCUUAGGACAAAGGUCCCAAAGAAGGGUGGGACGCUCUUCGUUGCCUUCACGCAAGGGUCCUGGCUAUCCGCUUGGACUGUGGCCAUGCGUAUGGUAUGGUGGAGUGAAGAGAGCAGUAUAAGCGAUAGUAGUGCUGCUUCAAUGUCAAGUUUCGGCCACUCGUAA